CGUCUUCUCUAUCCAAAAAUCCCAAGUAAUCAGACUGGGAAAAAACAAGAAGAUCAAAGGGACUUGUGUUAUCCUGUUUUCACUCUCUCUCUGACAAUGUCGGGCUACAGAUGGAAGAGCUUCGACGAGGACGAGGACCGACCCGAGAAGCCACGCCGCUAUGGAGUUACGGAGAUGAGCGGCCCCCAUUUCACCCUCUUAAGCCAAAACGUUCUUCAGGAUAUCUUUGAGUCUAUGGGGCAGUUUGUUGAUGGCUUGAAGUUCUCCGGAGGUUCUCAUGGCCUUAUGCCAAAGAGUUUCGUUAAAGAAGUGACUGACUUAGCUCAUAAAUACGACAUAUAUGUGAGCACGGGGGAUUGGGCCGAACACAUGCUUCGCAAAGGUCCAUCAGCUUUCAAAGAGUAUGUGGAGGAGUGCAAGCAAUUGGGGUUUGAUACAAUUGAGCUGAAUGUGGGUUCACUUGGAGUUCCUGAAGAAACUCUUCUAAGAUUUGUGCGCUUGAUUAAGAGUGCUGGUCUGAAAGCCAAACCUCAGUUUGCAGUGAAGUUUAACAAGUCUGAUAUUCCUGUGGAUGGUGAUAGAGCAUUUGGAGCUUAUAUUGCCCCAAGACCUCGAUCGACUGAAUUUGUUGAAGAUGUGGAUCUUCUGCUCAGACGGUCAGUGAGAUGCUUGGAAGCUGGAGCAGACAUGAUAAUGAUCGAUGCUGAUGAUGUCUGCAAGCAUGCUGAUUCUGUACGGGCAGACAUAAUUGCUAAGGUCAUUGGGCGUCUUGGUCUUGAGAAGACCAUGUUUGAGGCAUCGAAUCCCAGAGCCUCUGAGUGGUUCAUUAAUCAAUAUGGUCCGAGGGUGAACCUCUUUGUGGAUCACUCUCACUUGAUGGAUCUUGAAUGUCUCCGGGGACGCAAGCUGGGUAAAAAUCAUGCAUCCGUCCUCGGAUCGUCAUAUUUUCUUUUCUGAACUGGUGGUGCUUUGGAGAGAUAUAUCUUACUAGUAUGAACUGGUUACGUUGUAAUUUGAUGCUAUUGCCUGUCGAGAUCAUGUUCGCUAUAUAUAUGGUCCACCAAUGAGUAAUAGCAUGAAUCACACGAGCUAUAAUGGCAAUAAAACCUGAGUGAGUUUGUACGUGUUCGACAUGAGUCCUUGGAAGUGAGCCCAUUUUAUAA